AUGCCCAAGCGAAAAGGUGCCACGAGAUUUUCCGGCGUGGCCCCCGGGUCCGAUGACGAGGGUGAGUUGCAGGUCAACGAAACCCAGGAGGAACGGCCUACGAAGAAAGCUAGAGGAAGACCUCGCUCGAAGUCCACGGAAGCCAAACCACCUGCAAAGACGAAGGCAGACUCGGCGACCCCCGCCCCGACCGCAGAACCAACGACGAAGAGAGCUACGCGCAGAGGUCGACCAAAGGGCUCUCGAACCUCGGUGCAGGCAGCGGAAGAGCAGGAGACGACAAAUCAUCAAGAACCAGACAAUGCAGGAGAGGAGGAUGGAGUUGCGCAAGCAGAAGACAAUACCGCGACUGCCAUUGGCCAGGUAGAUGGCGCGCAGGAUGCUCCCAAGCCCAAAAAAGGCGCGAAACCUGCAAAGUCUGCAGGUGCACGCGGUGGGAAGAAGGGAAGCACGGGGAAUCAGCUCAGGACUGACGGGGAGUUCGAGUACACGCCCACCGUGACGCGACAGACAAAAUCCCCAGGAAAAGCGAAGGAACAGGCAGAGCAACCAGAGCAGCCGAAGAGACAGCAGCGGAAAACCCGCAUGCAGACCGAGGCCGAUAACGAAGCGCCCGAGACUGAGAACGAGGGGCCCGACGUACCCGAGGUGGUGGAAGAGACGAUGUUGCAGGAAGAGCCCGUGCUGCCGCGUGCGGCUUCGUCCUCGCCCACGAAGCGCAGGCAAUCGACCCUGCUUAGCUCCCCGUCAAAACGCAGAAGUGGGACCGCCGGGGAGGAGGAGAAGAAUGGCGGAGAGCCGGAACUACGACGCCGGAUCGGUGAACUUACACGGAAAUGCGAUACUCUGGAGAGUCGAUAUCGCACCUUGAAGGAGAUCGGAAUUGUGGAAGCAAAUACCAACAUGGACAAGUUGCGGAAACAGUGUGAAUCAAUGAAGACCGCAUCGGACAAUGUAGUUGCAUCUUUAAAGGAAGAGCUAGGAGCACAGAAAGCGUUAGGCCAGCAAAGUCGAAACCUGCAGAAACAGCUGAAGGAACGCGACGCCGAAAUUGCGCAGCUCAGAGCGCAAGCCGAAGAAGCCUCGUCCCAAGUGGCGUCGGCCCAAACAGAAGCCAAGGCUCUCAAGACUAAGCUUGCUGCUGCCCGGAAUACCGCCGCAAGCCUGGAAAACGCCGCAAUCAAGGUACCGGGUAGCGCGAUCAAGGGCGGUGGUGCGAACCGGGCCAACGCCGCGGCCAAUGCCGAAGCUGCGCAGGCGGCCCAGUUCGCGCAACUGAAGGAGGAUCUGUAUAGCGAUCUCACGGGACUCAUCAUCCGCGACGUCAAGAGGAGAGAAACCGACAACCUGUACGAUUGUAUUCAGACUGGUAUCAACGGAACUCUUCAUUUCAAGUUGGCCGUCCCUCUGGAUGAAGCCGCCGCCAGUUUUGAGACCGCCGAAUUCCAAUAUAUCCCGCUGUUGGACGAGAACCGGGACCGCGACCUGGUAGACAUACUUCCGGAAUACCUCACCGUGGACAUUACGUUUGCUCGCCAGCAAGCAUCGAAAUUCUAUACUCGAGUCAUCGACGCGCUCACUAAACGACGAAACAGCUCCACUCGCUAA